AUGAGGACAUCUUUUCUUUUGGCCUUAUUCCUUUUAUAUCUACCUCAAGAAAUAACAAGUUCUACCACCACAGAUGCAUUAACAACCGAAUCUAUAACUACUGAAGGCGUGACAACGUUGACAGUUACAUCUGAAGCUGCAACCACAGCUGAAACACUGAAUGUUACAACGGCAGAUGCAACAACAACUGAGGCUGAAACAACAACUGACGCUGAUACCACAACUGAAGCUGCAACAACUGAAGCUGGAACAACAACUGAAGCAGUUACCACGUCUGAGGCAGUGACCACAACUCAAGCUGAAACAACAACUGAAGCAGUUACCACAACCCAAACUGUUACUACAGAAGCUGCAACAACAGCUGAAGCAGCAUCAACGACUGAAACAGUUACCAAUAUUCAAGCAACAACAACUGAAACUGCGACCACAAAUGAAGCAGUUACCACAACUCAAGUAAUAACAACUGAAUCUGCAACAACAACAAUUGCAGAAACAACAACUGAAACAGUUACCGCUACUCAAGCUGCAACAACUCAAGCUGCAACAACUGAGACUGAAACAACAACUGAAGCAGUUACCACAACUCAAGCUAUAACAACGGAACCUGUAUCAACAACAGAGACAAUAACUUCGACUGACACUGUUACCACAACUCAAGCUGCAACAACUGCAACUGCAACAACAACUGAUGCAGAAACCACAACUGAAACAGCUACUACUACUCAAAGUGCAACAACUGAAAGUGAAACAACAACUGAAGGAAUUACCACAACCCAAGCUCCUACAACGGAACAUGCCACAACAACUGAUGAAGUAACGACGACUGAUGCUGUUACCACAACUGCAACAACAACUGAAGCAGCAACUACAACUGAAACAGCUACUACUACUCAAUUUUUAACAACCGAACCUGCAACAACUACCCAGGAAGUGACGACAAUUCAACCUCUUACAACAGAAACUGCAACAACAACUGAGACAGUAACUACGACUGAUGCUGUUACCACAACUCAAGCUGCAACAACUGAAACUGCAACAACAACCGAUGCAGAAACCACAACUGAAAGAGCUACUACUACUCAAAGUGCAACAACUGAAGGAAUUACCACAACCCAAGCUCCUACAACGGAACCUGCCACAACAACUUAUGCAGUAACGACAACUGACGCUGUUACCACAACUGAAACUGCAACAACAACUGAAGCAGCAACUACUACUGAAACAGCUACUACUACUCAAUCUGUAACAACCAAACCUGCAACAACUACCCAGGAAGUGACGACAACUCAACCUCUUACAACAGAAACUGCAACAACAACUGAGACAAUAACUACGACUGAUGCUGUUACCACAACUCAAGCUGCAACAACUGAAACUGCAACAACAACCGAUGCAGAAACCACAACUGAAACAGCUACUACUACUACUCAAAGUGCAACAACUGAAAGUGAAACAACAACUGAAGGAAUUACCACAACCCAAGCUCCUACAACGGAACGUGCCACAACAACUUAUGCAUUAACGACGACUGAUGCUGUUACCACAACUGAAACUGCAACAACAACUGAAGCAGCAACUACAACUGAAACAGCUACUACUACUCAAUCUGUAACAACCGAACCUGCAACAACUACCCAAGAAGUGACGACAACUCAACCUCUUACAACAGAAACUGCAACAACAACUGAUGCAGUAACGACGACUGACGCUGUUACCACAACUGAAACUGCAACAACAACUGAAGCAGCAACUACUACUGAAACAGCUACUACUACUCAAUCUGUAACAACCGAACCUGCAACAACUACCCAGGAAGUGACGACAACUCAACCUCUUACGACAGAAUCUGCAACAACAACUGAGACAAUAACUACGACUGAUGCUGUUACCACAACUCAAGCUGCAACAACUGAAACUGCAACAACAACCGAUGCAGAAACCACAACUGAAACAGCUACAACUACUCAAAGUGCAACAACUGAAAGUGAAACAACAACUGAAGGAAUUACCACAACCCAAGCUCCUACAACGGAACGUGCCACAACAACUUAUGCAUUAACGACGACUGAUGCUGUUACCACAACUGAAGCUGCAACAACAACUGAAGCAGCAACUACAACUGAAACAGCUACUACUACUCAAUCUGUAACAACCGAACCUGCAACAACUACCCAAGAAGUGACGACAACUCAACCUCUUACAACAGAAACUGCAACAACAACUGAUGCAGUAACGACGACUGACGCUGUAACCACAACUCAAUCUGCAACAACCGAAGCUGCAACUGAUGCAGCGACCACAACUGAAAAAGUUACUACUACUCAAGCUGAAACAACUGAACCUGUAACAACAACUGAGGGAAUUACCACUACUCAGACUGCAACAACAACUAAUGCAGCAACCACGAUGGAAACAGCCACUACUACUCAACCUGCAACAACAGAACCUGCUACAACUGAAGCCGUAACUACUACUGACGCUGUUACAACAACUGAACCUGCAACAACUGAUGCAGCAACCACAUCUGAAACAGUUACUACUACUCAAGCUGCAACAACAACUGAACCUAAAAAAACAACUGAAGCCGUAACUACUACUGACGCUCUUACAACACAACCUGCAACAACUGAAGCUGCAACAACAACUGAAGCUGCAACAACAACUGAAGCUGCAACAACAACUGAUGCAGCAACAACUGAAACAGCUACUAAUACUCAAGCUGCAACAACUGAACCUGCUACAACAACUGAAGGAAUUACCACAACUCAACCUCCUUCAACAGAAACUGCAACAACAACUGAUGCUUUAACGACGAUUGACGCUGUUACCACAACUGAAACUGCAACAACAACUGAAGUCGCAACUACGACUGAAACAGCUACUACUACUCAAGCUGUAAAUACUGAAACUGUAACAACUACACAGGCAGUAACGACAACCCAACCUCUUACAACAGAAACUGCAACAACAACUGAGACAGUAACUACGACUGAUGCUGUUAUUAUAUCUCAAGCUGCAACAACUGAAUCUGCAACAACAACUGAUGCAGAAACCACAACUGAUACAGCUACUACUACUCGAGCUGCAACAACUGAACCUGCAACAACAACUACACAGGAAGUGACGACAACUCAAGCUCCUACAACAGAACCUGCAACAACAACUGAUGCAGUAACGACGACUGACGCUGUUACCACAACUGAAACUGCAACAACAACUGAAGCAGCAACUACUACUGAAACAGCUACUACUACUCAAUCUGUAACAACCGAACCUGCAACAACUACCCAGAAAGUGACGACAACUCAACCUCUUACAACAGAAACUGCAACAACAACUGAGACAAUAACUACGACUGAUGCUGUUACCACAACUCAAGCUGCAACAACUGAACCUGCAAAAACAACUGAAAGAAUUACCACAACCCAAGCUCCUACAACAGAACCUGCAACGACAACUGAUGCAGUAACGACAACUGACGCUGUUACCACAACUGAAGCUGCAACAACAACUGAAGCCGCAACUACGACUGAAACAACUACUACUACUCAAGCUGUAACGACUGAACCUGUAACAACUACACAGGAAGUGACGACAACUCAAGCUACUACAACAGAAUCUGCAACAACAACUGAGGCAAUAACAUCGACUGAUAGUGCUACCACAUCUCAAGCUGCAACAACUGAACCUGCAACAACUGAAGGAAUUACCACACCUCAAGCUGCAACAACAACUGAUGCAGCAACCACGACGGAAACAGCCACUACUACUCAAUCUGCAACAACAGACCCUGCUACAACAACAACUGAUGCAGCAAGCACGACGGAAACAGCUACAACUACUCAACCUGCAACAACAGAACGUGCUACAACAACUGAAGUUGUAACUACUACUGACGCUAUUACAACAACUCAACCUGCAACAACUGAAGCUGCAACUGAUGCAGCAACCACAACUGAAACAGUUACUACUAAUCAAGCUGCAACAACUGAACCUGCAACAACAACUGAAGGAAUAACCACACCUCAGGUUGCAACAACAACUGAUGCAGCAACCACGACGGAAACAGCCACUUCUACUCAAUCUGCAACAACAGAAACUGCUACAACAACUGCAGUAAUAACUACGACUGAUGCUGUUACUACAACUCAAGCUGCAACAACAACUGAUGUAGAAACCACAACUGAAACAGCUACUACUACUCAAUCUGGAACAACUGAAAGUGAAACAACAACUGAAGGAAUUACCACAACUCAAGCUCCUACAACAGAACCUGCAACAACAACUGACGCAGUAACGCCGACUGACGCUGUUACCACAAAUGAAGCUGCAACAACAACUGAAGCAGCAACUAUGACUGAAACAGUUACUACUGCUCAAGCUGUAACAACUGAACCUGCAACAACUACACAGGAAAUGACGACAACUCAAGUUACUACAACAGAUUCUGCAACAACAACUGAGGCAGUAACAUCGACUGAUAGUGCUACCACAUCUCAAGCUGCAACAACUGAACCUGCAACAACUAAAGGAAUUACCACGACUCAAGCUGCAACAACAACUGAUGCAGCAAUCACGACGGAAACAGCCACUUCUACUCAAUCUGCAACAACAGAACCUGCUACAACAACUGAAGUCGUAACUUCUACUGACGCUGUUACAUCAAAUCAACCUGCAACAACUGAAGCUGCAACUGAUGCAUCAACCACAGCUGAAACAGUUACUACUACUCAAGCUGCAACAAAUCAAGCUGCAACAACAACUGAGGGAAUUACCACAACCACAACUCUGGCUGCAACAACAACUGAUGCAGCAACCACGACGGAAACAGCCUCUACUACUCAAUCUGCAACAACAGAAGCUGCUACAACAACUGAAGUAAUAACUACUACUGAUGUUGUUACUACAACUCAAGCUGCAACAACUGAACCUGCGACAACAACUGAAGGAAUAACCACAACUCAGGCUCAGACUGAAACAGUAACUGCUACUCAACCUGCAACAACAGAAUCUACUACAACAACAACUGAUGCAGUAACCACGACGGAAACAGCCACUACUACAACAACUCAAGUAAUAACAACUGAAUCUGCAACAACAACAAUUGCAGAAACAACAACUGAAACAGUUACCGCUACUCAAGCUGCAACAACUCAAGCUGCAACAACUCAGACUGAAACAACAACUGAAGCAGUUACCACAACUCAAGCUAUAACAACAGAACCUGUAUCAACAACAGAGACAAUAACUUCGACUGACACUGUUACCACAACUCAAGCUGCAACAACUGAAACUGCAACAUUAACUGAUACAGCAACCACAACUGAAAUAGGUACUACUACUCAAAGUGCAACAACUGAAAGUGAAACAACAACUGAAGGAAUUACCACAACCCAACCUUCUACAACAGAACCUGCAACAACAACUGAUGCAGUAACGACGACUGACGCUGUUACCACAACUGAGGCUGCAACAACAACUGAAGCAGCAACUACAACUGAAACAGUUACUAUUACUCAAGCUGUAACAACUGAACCUACAACAACUUCACAGGCAGUGACGACAACUCAACCUCUUACAACAGAAACUGCAACAACAACUGAGACAGUAACUACGACUGAUGCUGUUACCACAACUCAAGCUGCAACAACUGAAACUGCAACAACCGAUGCAGAAACCACAACUGAAACAGCUACUACUACUCAAAGUGCAACAACUGAAAGUGAAACAACAACUGAAGGAAUUACCACAACACAACCUCCUACAACCAUAACUGCAACAACAUUUGAGGUAGUCACAACGACUAGUAUGUCAACCGAAGCUGCAACAACAACUGAAACGUUAACAAAUACUCAAGCUGUAACAACUGAAUCUGCAACCACUAUGCAAGCGGCAACAACAACUGAAACUGUUACAACAACUGAAUCUGCAACAACAACACAGACUGUAACAAUGACUAAUGCUGCAACUGAUGCUGCAACAACAAUGCAAACUGCAACCACUACUCAAGCUGCUACAACAUCUGAAGCUGCAACAACUUCUGAAGCAUUAACCUCUCCUCAGCCUGCUACAACAACUGAAGCAGUAACUACUUCUGAACCUGCUAAAACAACUGAGGCUGUAACAACAACUGAGGCUGCAAUAACAACAGAAGCACUUACUACCACCGAGGCUCCAAAAGUGUCAACUACUGAGGCGGCAAAAAGUACUACUGAAGCAGUUACAAAUGUAAACGAACCUUUGCCAUUCGGAUCUGCCGAAUCAGACUUUAUUCUGACUGGGGAUGACAGAAUUGGCCAGACUUUGUCUGCUCCUACAGGAGUUUUCGUUGGUGAUGGCACAGCGGGAAUAUUUACCUCCGUACAGAUUGGAACGAACGGAAUAAUAGGAUUAGGUGAAAGAUACAACAGCAUCUCUGUUCGGGAUCUUUCUUCCUCUAGAACAAGUAGGCGGAAAAUCCUAUGUCCAUAUUGGGCCGAUCUGAUAGGGAACUCAAACAUGAAUGUAGAGGAUGGGAAAGUUUACUACAGAGGUUACAACAAAGGUGGUAACAAUGACCAGAAAAUACUUGACAGAGCUAACAACAUCGUGAAAACUUAUUUCAAAGAUUAUCCGAACUUUGAUUCGAUCUGGGUGGUCAAAGCGACCUGGUACAAGAUGAAUAUAUACGGUGAUCAAUCAAAAAAAUUAACUUUCCAAUGUCUUUUGAUCACGGACGGGGAAAAUACUUUUGUAGUAUUCAACUAUAUGGAUGUAGAUAUUAUCCCUAAAAAUAACCUGAAGAUUUCUAUUGGAUACCGUUACAAAGGGUUUUACGUUAGCAAUUCCUACAGCAACCAAGAUGGAGCUUUCAGAAUGAGUUCGAUCCAAGGAAAUACUGAACUGAAUGGUUUCUGGAUUUACAAGAUGACAAGUCUGGUGACCUUAAAUCCAGAGGAGAAAAAAUGCUUUAACUGGUACAUAGAAAACAAGCUGAGGGGAGUGGACACACGUCUCAAACGUCUGAGGUGGUGGAGUAGGUUACAGUGUCCAUGUAACAGUCGUCUGCUGAGAUUAUCUCCCCGGUUUAGGGUCAAUAGAGUUGACCUACAGAACAACCUCAUCUGCUACGCUUCAAUGACUGCUCCUGAAAGUGCUGAAUGCUGCUACUCCAUGAAUUGGCGUGGAAGACCCCGUGGCGCCCGCACAAACGCCAUUCCAUAUGCCGGUAGUCUACUGGAAUACAGUCCAUUUUUCAGAACAAGACUGUAUUAUAUCAAUGAUUUUGAUGCCAAGGAAACCUGCUGUAAUUCUGGGCACUGUAACUGGUACUACGAAGUCAGACCCAGAACUAGAUGUUUCCGCAGAUCACGAUUUAGGCCUGCUCGGUUUUUCGGUGACCCCCAUAUUGCAACAUUGGACGGCGGUCAAUACACAUUCAACGGCUAUGGUGAAUACACCAUGAUGAAGUUUGACGUAGGGGGUGCUCAGUUUGAACUCCAGGGGCGGACUGAUCUUGCCCUCUCUGCUAAUGGAACUAAAAUCAACGCCACAAUUUUCAGUGCGUUUGCAGCCAAAGACCAGUCCAAUGCAUCUUUCCAGGUGGAACUGUCUAGAAACAGAAAUAAAAUGUAUAUUCGUGGAAAUGGACGCGACCUGACAAUUGAAUUCGACAAUGAUCCAGAAUUCUCUUUUCUUACGGAGGAUAUUUCUAUUUCGAGAGAAAACGAAACUGUUACGGUUACAUUUUUACAAAGCUCUGUGUCAGUAACGAUCAGUAAGGGUGUCGGAUUUCUGACCUGUGAGAGCGUGGUUAGCGAGGAAUACAAGGGAAACGUUAGUGGUCUAAUGGGAAACUUUGAUGGGGAUAAAAACAACGACUUCAUAUUGCCAAACGGCACCUUACUUACAGGGGACAAAGUAAACACAGAGAGAAAUAUCUACAAUAAUUUCGGACAAAUGUGGAGUGUUAGUGAGAGUACUUCACUGUUUCAUUAUGACAUCGGAUACUCACAAUCAGAUUUCUCACAUCCCGACUUUGUCCCAUUCUUCAUUGACGAAUUUUCUGAGGAGGAACGAAAUGCGUCCAUUACUGCUUGUGGUGGUGCAUCGGCCACACAGGCUUGUAUAUUUGACUUCCUGGCAACGAAGGACCAAAACCUAGCAAUAUCCUCAGGUGGUGAACAGACUUCAUUCGAGACCGAGAGUGCAACUGCAGAUAAUGAAACUCCAGAUAUAGAAUUAGAAGGUGGCGAUCAAAUUUUGGCGGAGGUGAAUCGAUCUGUAGAAAUUAAGUUCAAUGCUUCAGACGACGGGACAUACACUUAUCAAGUUCUCCAGGAGCCAGGCUCUGGGUUCAGCCUUAACACCAGCUCCGGCAUAGCAACAUGGACGCCAACUGACACUAGUGUUGUUAACAUAAGCGUGACUGUGGUUGAUGAUAAGAAUGUUGCAGCCUCUCCGGUAGAUGUCGCUAUUGUAUUAUGUAGUGGUUGUAACAACCAUGGAACGUGUAACUACAAUAGUACCAGAACCAGUUCUAGCAGCAUGUUUAAUCUUGCUGUCUGUGUGUGUGACACGGGAUACGAUGGUGAUGAUUGUGAGAAUGAUGAAGAUGCCUGCCUUCAGAGUCCAUGUGCUCUGGACAGAAACUGUACUGACUUGACCCCUCAGGAAGAAGUAGCUCUGGGUCGAGGCUACAAUUGUACAGACUGUCCUACCGGUUAUCAGGAUGUGGACAAUAAAUGUGAAGAUAUCAAUGAGUGUAACACUACAAAUCCUUGUGACUCCGUGACACAGCAAUGUGAAAACACCGAGGGAAGCUACCUGUGUAAUUGUAAAGAUGGCUACUGGAAAGUCGGUCAGACAUGUCAAGAUAUUGAUGAAUGCACAGAAAGUACAUCUGGCUGUGAGCAGAUUUGUAAAAACUCCCCUGGAUCAUUUAGCUGUUCCUGUGUAGUGGGGCAUACCCUCAACAGUGACAACAAAACAUGUACCAGACUAGGAACAGACAUUUGUGCUACCUUUAAUCUGAGUUGUGAAUACACAUGCGAUAACUCCACUGGAACCUUUUCCUGUAUAUGUCCUAGGGGGUACCAACUAGAGACAAAUGAACAAAACUGUACAGAUAUUGAUGAAUGUGAAAGCGAUGUCUGUUGUCAAGAAUGUGACAACUCUGUUGGAUCCUUCACGUGUUCCUGUCUUGCUGGCUACACACUAAAUUCAGACAAAACAUCAUGUUCACCGUGCAUUCCACCAAAUUAUGGCGACAACUGUACCCAGGUGUGCCAGUGUGGAGCGGGGGUAGACAGGUGUGACCCAGUUACUGGUUGUGUCUGUUUGUCCGGAUGGACGGGAACUAAGUGUGAUAAGGAUAUAGAUGAGUGUACAGUAAAUCCGUUAAUCUGUGGUACAGACAAGGAAUGUCAGAAUCUUCAGGGAUCCUACACGUGUAACUGUAGGGAAGGAUAUGUCAAAAAUGGAACAAACUGCAUUGACAUUGAUGAAUGUGCCACUUCUGGAACCAAUAACUGCACUGCGUCCACGUCUACGUGUAGGAACACUGACGGUAGUUAUACAUGUCAGUGUACAACAGGCUACAUUCAGAAGAACGCGUACGAAUGUCAAGAUUUUGAUGAGUGCGCUGCUGGUACUGACGGCUGUUCCCAGACAUGUACAAAUGUUGAUGGCGGGUUUAACUGUGGCUGCCAGUUUGGUUUUGCUCUGGGAGAUGACAGGAGGACGUGUGAAAGAGUUGCUGACAUCUGUUCGCUGUUCCCCUCCCUUAACUGUAGUUACGGUUGCAAGCAAGACCAAAAUAACGAAAGCAUAGGUUACUGUUUCUGUGAGGCGGGCUAUGUUCUUAAUGCUCAGGAUCAACAGUCCUGUAUUGAUGUGAACGAAUGUCUAAAUUCCACACAGAACAAAUGUUCUGUCCCGAACAGGUGUGUCAAUAUUCCAGGGUCCUAUAAUUGUACAUGUCCAACAGGGUACUCACUAGAAAACGAUGGAAGAACAUGUACAGUAUGUGACGGAUUUUACUAUGGAGAUAACUGCGCAACACCUUGUAAUUGUGGAGUUGGUGCUUCAAAUUGUGACAAUGUACUUGGAUGUGUAUGCAAAACAGGCUGGGCCGGAGCAAAAUGUGAUGCCGAUAUUGACGAAUGUGCUACUAGUAACCCUUGUACUGGGGCCAAUCAAGUGUGUCAGAACACUCUAGGAUCAUAUCAGUGUUUGUGUGGCACCGGAUAUAAUGAAACCUCACCAGGAGUUUGCAAAGAUAUCAAUGAAUGCAAUACCAAUCCAUGUAGUCAGACUUGUACAAACACUCCCGGAAGUUAUUCCUGUAGUUGUAGGGCGGGAUUUAGAUUGGUUGAAACAACACAAUGUGAGGAUUACGACGAAUGCUCUGCCCCUGUGAAUCCCUGUGAUCAAGUAUGCGGAAACACUAUAGGAAGUUUUAGGUGUUUGUGUAACACAGGGUUCCUUCUGAACACCACGACGAGAACUACAUGUUAUGCAAGAACUUUUUGCACAAAUACUACUUUCAACUGUUCACAACGAUGUGGAGUCAAUGAAGACGGAUCAGAAUAUUGCUUCUGUGACUCUGGGUACAGCUUGAAUAGUACAGAUGGGGUCUCCUGUGAUGAUAUUGACGAAUGUUCCCCGAAUCCAUGCAGUGAAAAUUGUACCCAGAAUGCACCUGGUGCCGGAUACUUUUGUUCCUGUGCUCCAGGAAAAAAGCUGGAUGUAGACCAGAGAACAUGUAUUGACUGUGAAUUUGGAAAGUAUGGCCUCAAUUGUGCAACCAAUUGUACAUGUGACAUCCAGAACACUCUUUCCUGUGACAAAGUAUCCGGAACCUGCACAUGUAAAGCAGGCUGGGAAGGAACCACCUGCUCCAGUGAUAUAGAUGAAUGUCAGAAUGCAACAAUAUGUCCAGUCAACUCUGUAUGUUCAAACACUAAUGGAUCCUAUUCGUGUAUUUGUAAGACCGGAUAUUCUCUCGUCGGUGGACAAUGUGUUCAGUGUUCGAGCACAACAUACGGUCAGAACUGUGCCAGUCAGUGUACGUGUGAGUUCAGUAACACUCAGUCAUGUGACAAACAGAAUGGAACAUGUUACUGCAGUGCUGGAUGGCAGGGUAUCAACUGUACAGAGGAUGUCCCAGAAUGCACCAAUGAUCCCAGUAUAUGUGGUGAUAAUUCAACUUGCACUGAGCAAACAGGAUCAUAUCUCUGCACUUGUAAUGCAGGCUAUGAGAAGGACUCGGGUGGAAAUUGCAUAGACACCAAUGAAUGUAUUCGUGGUACAUCGAACUGUGAUAGCAAUGCAGCAUGCAAAAACACUAAGGGCGGGUUUACAUGUAACUGUAAUCCUGGUUUUUCCGGCGAUGGACAAACUUGUUCAGAAGUACCUACAACAACGGAGGAAACAACCACAUUCUCAUUUGUUUCAACGUCUUCAAUUGGUUCUAUUACUUCAACCACUGAUGAUACAACAUCAGACGAAACGGUGACAUCUGGUGGCUUUACGUCGACACAAGCAAUCACAACAGACCAACAAACAGCAUCAGGGCAAAAAUCUACUACAGGGGCUGCAUCAUCUGCACAACCGUCAACCACAAGUUCUGGAAGUUCUGUUCAACCUACCUCAACUGCUAUGUCGUCGGCUCAACCAACAACAGAUUCAGUCACAUCUGCCCAACCGACAACUGAAGGGGUGACUUCUGCCAAACCAGCAACUACAGUUUCAUUGACAUCUGUAAAGCCAGUAACAACCGAUUCCGUUACAUCUGCCCAACCAGUUACUACUGACCAGAUGACAUCAAGUCAGGCUGUUACUACUGACUCACAAGUCUCCACCCCACAGUCUACCAAUCUGCCUGUCUCUACGGGCGGGGUCACGACGGAAGUACAAUCCACAACCGGUGGGGCUCCUGUCACUACGUCAGAAGCUGUUACAACUGAAACUUCAACCGCCCCAGUAACAACACAGUCAAUAACAACAGAAGCUGUAACCACUGAAACCUCAACUGUCCCAGUAACAACCCAGGCAACAGCAGCACCUACCACUUAUCAACCAGCAUCCAAUGAAAGAGUUUUCUCAUCAACAUUUACUUUUAACAUAAAUGGAAAUGCUGCAGAAAUAGAAGCCAUUAAAGAAGAGAUGAAAACAGCUCUGACAGCACUUUACCAGGCUAGAAUUACCGGAUUCAUAAAAGUCAUUAUAAUCGACAUCAGAUUUGGAAGUGUGAUUGUCCAACACAGCGUCGUGACGUCAAGUUCAUCUGUGGAUCAGACACGGAGCGAUUUUGCAAAGACAUUGAAUAGUUUGGCUACUGGAAGUCUGACAGUAACAUACAAUAGCACACAAAUCCCCUUGCAAUCUAUAAACGUCACAGACUCUAACGGGAAUACCAAAACUAUUAGUAUAUCGUCCAGUUCCACUAGCUGUACAGUAUUUGACACUAUCAAUACGUGUCCAGCUGGUCAACGUUGCUCUGAAAUAGAUGGAUUAGUUAAGUGCAGGGAAAUAGAAAGUGACGACUCCUUUAAGCUGAUUGUGGGACUUGGCGUAGGAAUCCCUCUGUUCUUUAUAGCUAUCCUAGUUCUAGCGAUUAUUUGUAUAUACUACCGUAGACGGAAGUACAGAAAGAGCUCAUUAAGUUCUGAGGAAGAUGACCUAGAUAGGACAAUGCACACAGAGGGCUUCUUUAAGUCGGGAAUCCCCACAAAGAUUGACAGCUGGGGUAGACGUGGUCCCUAUUCACUGCGGAACUGGGGAGAUGACUCAAGUAUAUCAGAUAUGAAUGAACGAAGGGGAAGAGGCGGGGAUGGAUUUGAUAAUACAUACCGUGGGGGAAGAGAAGUCUACAUGUAUGAUAAUGGAGCAAAAUCUAAUUUUUCCUGGGAUUUUAUGUAUCAAGCACUAGAUCCCAAUACACAAUAUCAAAUUAAACGACCUCAGGCUGAGACCAGACCGCAUCCACUUUAUAAAAAAUCUGACCCUUAGACUCAGGGUAUUGAUCUGAAAUCCAUACUCUUCCAUAAAUGUGCCAAGUCAAAUGCUAUCAUCAGGAUCUUGUGAUUUGUCAUUCCAUUAACAGUUUAUUCGUUUGUAUGCAUUGGUUUUACACUGAGACAUUUAAUUCAUCCUGUUCUUUUCGUUGAGAUGCAUAUCAUAAGGUACCAAGUGCAAUGCCUCACCUUCAGGAACAUUUGAACCCCUAUCUGAUUAAAAGGAUGGAAUAUCAAAUGAUUUGGAAAUAGCAUUCUCUAGGAAACAUGAAUCUUAUUGCAUAAUUUUUCGUGUUUUAAAUUGUGUUCAGAUAUUAUACGAUAUAUUAGGCUAAAAAUUAUCGACAAAACUUAUUAAUGAGUUUUAUCAUUUAUUUUAUAUGUAAACUUGACAAAUUCCAUUUAUGUAUUAGCUUUGUUAGAGUUUGUUAGAGUUUGAUUACUAUUGUUUUAUCUG